AUGGAGUUGGACUGUUACCAGCAUUAUUUUUUCGAUGAUUUUGACACAGAGGAGGAUUUCUACAAGUCUACCGCGCCGAGCGAGGGUAUUUGGAAAAAGUUCGAGCUGUUGCCCACCCCUCCCAUGUCCCCCAUUCGGACUCUACAGAGCGGGGACGGCGUGCUCUUCUCCACGGGAGACAAACUGAGCUGGUUGUCCAGAGUCGACGAAUGCGAUGGUCAAGAGCUGUUCGGCAACCUCAGCUCCAUCAUCAUCCAAGACUGUAUGUGGAGUAGUUUCUCGGCCAGCAAACAGCUGGAGAAGGUUGUCCACGGGAGGCAACCGGCUCCGCCUCAGCCGACGGGAGCCCCCCCGACUACGCAUAUCCCCGUGAGGCCGAGUAAAGCGCACUGCGUCUCGCAAAGCCUUCACCUCACCGCCUCGGCGGCGGACUGCGUCGACCCUGCAGCUGUUCUCACCUAUCCCGCGAGUAGCUGCAGGAAGACAGCCUCAUCUGGUUCCGAGUCCCGGAGCGACUCCUCCGAUGACGAAGAGGAAAUUGAUGUUGUCACCGUGGAGAGCAAACACACCCGGGCUCGACUGGCCAGUGUCCGUAAACAAGUGACCCUCACGGUGCGUGCGGACCCCUGUCCCAAGCGUUUCCAUGCCUCGGUUCACCGGCAGCAGCACAACUACGCCGCCCGCUCUCCCGACAGUGGGCCCGGCGAAGAUGAAGAUGACGAGGAGGAGGAAGAUGAUGAAGAGCUCCAAAGCGGGCAUACGUUCCCGGCGUGGAGCCGUCCGCCUUCGCCCUCCGGAAGCUCCUUGAACUCUGAUGCGGAAGACACGGACCGCAGGAAGACUCACAACUACCUGGAGAGGAAGAGGAGAAAUGACCUGAGAUCCAGGUUUUUGGCUCUACGAGAUCAGAUCCCAGGUCUGGAGUCUACAAAGACCCCGAAGGUCGCCAUCUUGACCCAUGCUACGGAAUACCUCAUGGAGCUGCACGCCAAAGAGAAACGACAACUGCAGGAGCGCAAACGCCUCAAAGCUCGACAGCAACAUCUCCUGCGCAGAAUAUCUGCAUUGAAGCGAUCUUGA